CCGGGUUUUCGGUUCAUAAUAAAACCGCCACCGGCAAAUUUCAAAUUCCAUCUCUCGUCGUCGUCUUCGUAGAUUCGCCGCUGGCUCAAUGAAAACGGCAGCGAUAAUGUUCCUUCCCCGCGUGAAAAUUACUCGCUUCCCUGCACUAGUAACGUAUCGUCGUCUCUUCUCCGCCUCCUCCGGCGACUCUCUUCAGCAAUACAUCACUGAGAAACCACCGAUCAAACCAUGGCCGCAGAGGCUAUUCCCAAAGCGAUUAGUCUCAAUGAUCACUCAACAACAAAACAUCGAUCUCGCUCUCCAGAUAUUUCUCUACGCCGGUAAAUCCCACCCCGGGUUUACUCAUAAUUACGAUACUUACCACUCGAUUCUCUUUAAACUAUCCCGUGCUCGUGCUUUCGAUCCAGUGAAGUCUCUCAUGGCGGAUCUUCGAAACUCUUACCCGCCGAUCAGAUGCGGCGAGAAUCUAUUCAUCGACUUGCUUCGAAACUACGGUCUCGCAGGUCGGUACGAAGCUUCUGUGAGGAUCUUUCUUCGAAUCCCUGAUUUUGGUGUUAAACGCUCCGUUAGAUCGUUGAACACACUCUUAAACGUUUUGAUACAGAAUCAGAGAUUUGAUUUGGUUCAUGCCAUGUUUAAGAACAGUAAGGAGUCUUUUGGAAUCACUCCCAACAUCUUCACUUGUAAUCUAUUAGUGAAAGCUCUCUGCAAGAAAAAUGAUAUAGAAAGUGCAUAUAAAGUGCUCGACGAAAUUCCCGCCAUGGGUUUGGUGGCAAAUUUGGUGACUUACACUACGAUUUUAGGUGGGUACGUUGCUAGAGGUGAUAUGGAAGCGGGUAAGAGGGUUUUGAGGGAGAUGUUGGAUCGUGGGUGGUAUCCUGAUGCGACUACUUACACUGUUCUCAUGGAUGGUUACUGUAAGCUAGGGAGAUUCUCUGAGGCGGCUAUGGUGAUGGAUGACAUGGAAAAGAACGAGAUUGAGCCGAAUGAAGUGACGUAUGGAGUUAUGAUCAGAGGUUUAUGCAAGGAGAAGAAAUCAGGGGAAGCACGUAACAUGUUCGAUGAAAUGCUGGAUAGAAGUUUCAUGCCAGAUUCUUCUCUUUGUUGUAAAGUUAUUGACGCGUUGUGUGAAGAUCACAAGGUAGAUGAAGCUUGUGCUUUGUGGAGAAAAAUGUUGAAGAACAAUUGUAUGCCUGAUAAUGCUCUUCUGAGCACUCUCAUCCAUUGGCUUUGUAAAGAAGGGAGAGUUUCAGAAGCAAGGAGAUUGUUCGACGAGUUUGAGAAAGGCUCGAUCCCUAGUCUCUUGACGUAUAACACUUUAAUUUCUGGUAUGUGUGAGAAGGGCGAGUUGACAGAGGCGGGUCGAUUAUGGGACGAUAUGGUUGAGAGGAAAUGCAAGCCGAAUGCUUUCACAUACAAUGUUUUGAUUGAAGGCUUGUCCAAGAAUGGAAAUGUUAAGGAAAGUGUUAGGGUGCUUGAAGAGAUGCUGGAGAAUGGUUGUUUUCCUAACAAAACAACGUUCUUGAUAUUGUUUGAAGGGUUGCAGGAGUUAGGGAAAGAAGAGGAUGCGAUUAAGAUUGUCUCAAUGGCUGUUAUGAGUGGGAAAGUUGAUAAAGAAUCUUGGGAACUUUUUUUGAAGAAGUUUGCCAGUGAACUCGAUAAAGGGGUUUUGGUUCUUAAAGAGUUGUUGCUUGAAAUAUCUGUCUCUUGAAGAACCAAGACUAUGAUCAAUAUUAUAUUACUUAGUGCUCAAAGGGCUAUGCGGCUAUCGACGUCUUGAAGGUAACUAUUUUACUCUCGAAUUUGGUUUUCUGGCUCGAGACAUAUAGAUGCAUCGUAUUACAUAUAUUAAGAUACAAGAAAAGAAUAGUAUAAAUAGGCUCUUGUGGUAGAUAAAGGUAUAAGGGACGAGAAGCUGCAGCAACCCGAGAGUCGAGGCCUUAAGACUCGGCAUCCAUGUUCUGAUUCAAGUUAGCUGACUUUUGAUGGGGGGGAAGAUGGAGACUUGCAAAGAAGAAAAGAUCUCCAAAUUGAUAUUUUAUUAAAUGAAUUUUGAGUGUUACGUAGAUACUACUGCACUAUGUAAGCUACUAACAAGUGGAAACUAUGAUUUCUGGUGAGGUGGAUGUCGAAAGAGCGAUUGAUAGUGUAAGCUGAAGAUAAUAUAAGACGAAACCUAAGUUGGAUCAUGGAAAUAGCUCAAGUGAUCAAUAUCCAAAAAGUGAGAGGAAUGUUUUGGAAAAUUAAAGAAACAUAUCAAUGUUGUGUAGAGACAAGACAAGAGUCCAUCGGUGGAGUGACACAGCUGAGACACUCCCCCGUAGUUCUUGAUGGUGUUUGCCUUGGCGUCAUAGCCACGUCGAUGAUAGCUUGCUUGACCACUUGGUCUGACCGAAUAUUUAGCAUCUGCACUUUACUAUUGUUUUUGUUUAGAUGGGUUUGUCCGAGGUCGAUCUUAUGAAUCUUGGCCUCGACGUUUUUCCAUCUUUGAGACAGAAAAUUAAACUAUAUCAUCCAUAAGUUUCCAAAUAAGUCAAGAUAAGAUUGUUGGAUCCGUGGAGUCAAGGUGGAAGCAAUGGGGUUUAAAACGUGCAGUUUUGUAGAGAGAAAGACACGAUCUGAAAAGAUCGCUAGUGGUCCAGUAGAUGAAUCCAUUGAACGUGAACUUGAGAAGAGAGUUGUAGAAGAGAGAUAGGGACAUAGUCUAGGGCAUCUCCAAUGGUCCUCUAUUUCUAUUUCUAAACUCUAUUAUAGA